AUGGCCGUCAAAGCGGUGAUACCAUUCCUUGUGGGAAUGAUGCUGCUCACUGGGUGCGCCAACACCCUUUUGACAAAGUUUCAAGAUCAACAAUGUGUACGGGGUUGCAGGAGCGAGAACCCAAAAGACCAUAAGACGUUUGAACAACCGGUCAUCCAGACAGUACAAAUGUUCAUCGGCGAGAUGGGAUGUUGGCUUGUUAUGUUGGGCUUCUACCUGUACCGCUACCUUGUCCUGCGCUCCAAAGAUGCACCGCUUUUACACAACACCGACGAGGAACAGGAGGAGCAGGAGGAGGAGGAAGAUGACACCGUCCGGCCAGUUUCUUCACGCGAUGCUACCGACCCAGCGCUGAAGCCACUCUUGCCUAACGCAGACGACCGAGCUCAUCUCGAGGGGUGGAAAGUUGUUCUAUUAGGCCUUCCAGCAUGUUGCGAUAUCGCAGGCACAACCUUGAUGAACGUCGGAUUGCUGUUCGUCGCUGCCUCUAUAUACCAGAUGACUCGAGGCGCGUUGGUUCUGUUUGUCGGUCUAUUCAGUGUCCUGUUCUUGAAGAGAAAGCUCUACUUGUACCACUGGAUUUCCCUCGUUAUCGUGGUGUUGGGGGUUGCCUUGGUUGGAUUGGCUGGGGCGAUUUCCUCUGGCGACAAGAACCCUGCUGCACCCAAAGAGGGUAGCAUCGAGCUGAUUCGGCACACGAUACUUGCUGCGAGAGACGUUAUCGUGGAAACGGUGGAUCCUAGCGUUCUGCGCACUGUCCUGGGUAUUUUUCUGAUUGCCUUCGCCCAAAUCUUCACCGCUACACAGUUCUGCCUCGAAGAAUGGAUUCUGGAACAUUACGCCCUGGAGCCACUGAAGGUUGUUGCAUGGGAAGGCUUAUUCGGGUUCAUCGUCACGGUCGCCAUUCAAGUCAUUCUGCAUUUGGCGGUCGGCAUCACAAAAGCUGGCAAGCACGGAUACUUUGAUGCCGAGGAAGGUUAUCGUCAGGUGUUUAACAACCGUGCAAUCGGCAUUUCGAGUCUUGCAAUCAUGGUCUCCAUCGGCGGCUUCAACUUCUUCGGCCUCUCGGUUACCCGAAGCAUCUCGGCAACUUCUCGAUCAAUCAUUGAUACCUGUCGAACGCUCUUUAUCUGGAUUGUCUCGCUCGGGCUUGGAUGGGAAUCCUUCAAAUGGCUCCAGGUGGUUGGAUUUGCCCUGCUAGUGUAUGGCACGUUCAUGUUUAACGACCUUGUGAGACCACCAAUCAAAGCGUUGUUGCCUCAAGGGAGAAACGGCGAACGUGAGCAACUUUUGCCAGAAGAGCCAGUGGAGCAUAUAUAA